AUGGCACAGACGAGCCCCCCUACAACCGACGUGGGCUUCGUACAGCAAGGCCAGGUCGACUGCAUUGUAUUUAGCAAGACGGCAGUAUCUAUGACACUUGAUAUCCUUGCCAGAUUCCAGGCUGCUGGAGUUCAGGAACUUACGUAUGCGGGCGUCAUGCAGCUGACCACUCGAUUCAAACUUCCUGCACUUGGCCGCCAAAGGAUCUGGGACGCGGUCCAGAGCCUUAGGGUUGUUGGUGGCGCCUCUAACAUUCUCUACUUUGGCUUUGGCUAUAGAAGUUUUCUUCGAUUUUUAUCAGAAUCCGUUUCAGGUCUCAAGUGCAUUGCUCUCUGCUCCUGUCUGGGGGAAAUAUACUCUGAAGAUAUAGCCGCGAGGGUGCUGGCAGCUCUCUGGAAAGAGCUCGACUACCCAGAGAACUUCAAACCAUCCCUUCACCAGUUCAAAGCCCUUGCGAAGGCCUGUGGUAGCGAAUUAGCCACCUCUCCAUUCCCAGAGGUUGCUGGCAGGCUAUAUGGCCCUAUCGCAGACAGAAGUGGGCGACUGGAAUGCUCAGAUCCUGCAGACAUCGCCAGAGCACUAAAUAGCCUCUUUAAGAUCUUAAUAGGACUUCGACAGAGCAUUACGGUUAUGGGAAACUCGAAUUAUAGCUUUAUUGCUGCGGUCGUAUAUUAG